AUGGGACUUACUCCAAUUGUUUGUAUUGCUCAAGAUUAUAUUCACGAAAAACCUGUGGAUGAUCUACGAUUACGUAAAGCCAUACUUGAACUACGUGACAAUAAAGCCGAACAUUUUCCAGAGUAUUUACCACUUGUACCAGGAAUGCCAGUUUUACUUACAGAAAACAUUGCUACUGAGCUCGGACUCUCUAACGGUACACGAGGAAUCUUCCGUCAACUUGUAUACGAUGAACCACUAGAAGAUGUUCGAUACCACAAUUAG